CAAAAUAAAUUAUAAGCUCGUUUCUCUCCUAGUUUUCUAGGUUCUGUUUUGUCGGCACUUAGUUCAUGUUCGGCGAUCUUCACCAUCUGACUUAUGGCGCAAACUACACCGGAAGAUGCAGUGGAGAAAUUGGCGUCCCGAUAUGAUGGCUUGGUGCUUGAGGACGAAGAGGUAGGUCUUAUGCCGGUAGGGAUAGAACCUCACGCCGAUAAUGGGGCAGGGGCUGGAUCUUGGAUGCUCGUGGGCAGGUUUCUUACUGACAAGCUUAUCAAAUUGGAAUUUACGCAGCAAGUUAUGGCGUCGGUUUGGCGUCCGGUCAAAGGAGUUCAAGUAUCAGAGAUUGAACCAAAUCUGUUUUCCUUUGUCUUCUUCCAUAAAUCGGAUUUGCAGCGGGUACUAGAGGAGGGGCCAUGGUCUUUUGAAAAUAAUACGCUUGUUUGCCGUCAGGUUGAAAUUGGGGAUCUACCGAGUUCGGUGGUCCUCGAUACUGUGGAUUUGUGGGUUCAGCUCUACGAUUUGCCUUUGGGAUACACAUCAGACUCAGUUUUGGCACAGAUUGGGAACUUCAUUGGUUCUUUUUUGAAGUGCGAUGAUCGACAGGUAAGUGUACCAUGGCGGGCUUUCUAUCGUAUUCGGGUCUCUAUUCCGAUUGCUAAACCUUUGAAGCAUCGUAUGAAGUUCAUUAAGCGUGACAGUUCUUGGACGUGGGUGAAUUUUAAGUAUGAAAGGCUACACACCUUUUGUUUCUUUUGUGGCUUGAUGGGGCACUCCCACAAAAUCUGUCUUAGGGCGCGGGAGGCAACAAUCCCGGUGGAUCAAUACCCGUAUGGUCCAAAUCUUCGUGCCGGCUUAUCUCGUGGACCGCGGGCGGUGGGGCAGCGGUGGUUGGUCCCUGCAAGUGGUGUCCUGGGUGGGAGGAUUGAGGGUGAUCAGUACACCAAGGGGGUUGUUGGAUGGGGGGGCUCGAGCGAAGUUGAAUCAGGUGUCUUGGCUGCUCCUAAACGACGAAGGGAGGGGGAGGAUUUUGUAGAUGACCCGCCCGUCCCAAUGAGUACCUUGAGCUGGAACUGUCGUGGCUUGGGCAAUCCACGUACAGUUCGUGAGGUUGUGGACCUUGUGUCCAGUAAGAAGCCUGACUUUGUUUUUCUAAUGGAAACUAAAGUGAAUAGAGAACAUGCAGAACGACUUCGGAUUAAGAUCGAGUUUGAAGGGCUCUUUUAUGUCGAUAGAACGGGUUUGGGCGGAGGCCUGGCCUUGCUUUGGAAAAGGAAUAAUACUGCACAGCUCCUUAGCUACUCCAAAAAUCAUGUGGAUAUCAUGGUGAGAUUGUAUGGCCGGCAGCCUUGGCGCAUGACUUGCUUCUAUGGCUUUCCAGAGAGGAGUAGACGUAGCGAAUCAUGGAACCUCCUUAGAAGCCUUGGAACACGUUCGUCUCUUCCAUGGGUGGUCGUGGGGGACUUUAAUGACCUAGUAUUUCAACACGAGAAGCGGGGCCCUUUCCCACACCCUGAAGGUCUUCUUCGUGGAUUUGGGGAGGCUCUUGAAGAUUGCGGCUUACUGAAUGUCCCGACUAUGGGGUACCCGUUCACCUGGGAGAGAGGCAAAGGCACUGAGACUUGGGUGGAAGAAAGGUUAGAUAGGGUGGUCGCUACUGGGAAUUGGGUUGAUUUGCAAGGGGCUUUUCGGGUCUCCAAUAUCCUUACCCGGACGUCAGACCACUCUGCCCUCUUUCUCGAUGUUUAUGAGUCUGAGCGUAGGGUGGGAAGAGGGGGCCGAAGGUUUAGGUUUGAGAUGGCAUGGCUGCUGGAUAAGGGAUGUCGUGGGGUGGUGGAGGGUGCUUGGCGUGAUGGACGUGCAAACGGUUUGUUGAGUUGCGUCCACAACUGUGGUGUGCGCUUAAUGAACUGGGGGGGCGACCGUGUCCAUAUGUUUGGAAAACGUAUCAAUGAGUUACGAAGAGAGCAGAUGCGUUGGCGGGGUCGGUGUGAUCCUUACUCCCUGGCCGAAUUCCGCAAGUUGGAAUUUGAGUUGUCACGACUUGAAGCUCAGGAGGAUGCAUAUUGGAAGCAACGGGCCAAGCAGCAUUGGUUGCGGGGUGCCGAUGCGAAUACCAGGUUUUAUCAUAAAUUUGCUUCUAAUCGUAGACGCAAAAACAAUCUACUUAAGCUUCGUGAUGACGCGGGACACUGGGUGGAGGGGAGGGAUCUGGUCCGGGUUAUUAUGGAGCAUUAUGGUAAUAUUUUUAAUGCAAAUGGGGCUGCUACUGGAAAUGCUAAUCCUUUUCCCUCGAUCACUCCUCGUGUGUCUGAUUCCCAUAAUGCUCAGUUGGAAGCUCCUUUUGAGAAGGAGGAAGUCAAAUCUGCUCUGUUUAGUAUGUUCCCCGAUAAGGCACCAGUCGGAAUACCACGGAGGAGACAAGAGACCUUGUGGCGGGUCUACUUGGGGUCUCUAAAGCGGAUAAUUUUGGAAAAUAUCUUGGAUUACCCUCGUUUAUUGGAAGUAAUAAACGUGCUGUUUUCUCGUAUAUCGAGGAUAAAUCAAGCAAAGGAUUGGGGCAUGGAACAAAAAGUUGUUAACUAAAGCAGGUAAAGAAAUUCUUCUUAAAAGUGUUGCCCAGGCAAUGCCUACUUUCUCAAUGAGUGUGUUCUUGCUUCCAGACUCACUUUGUUUAUCUAUUGAGCGCAUGAUGAACCGGUUCUG